CCUUGGUUUAUGGUCAAUUGUAUAUUUACACAAUUGUACACAUAAUUUAAUUACAACUGGCUUUUUAUUGUUUACAACCAUAAGUUAAUAAAUUUAAUCGCUUUGUCAGUUUAAACUGUCGCUGUUACUUUUAUAUAUAAGGGAAAUUUUAUAAACAAAUAAUCAUGGCUACAUUGGAGGAUAAGAUUUUGGGCGAGAAAUUACACAAUUAUUGCAGCAGUAGCGAAGAUGAAGGCGAUUCUGAUUAUGAGGAUAGCAGAAGCGGCGAGGAACCAAGCAAUCCUCCCAAAUCUGCAGGAUGCGCUGAACCUCCAUCUAUUAACAAGUGGACGGGUUCCGCCAGCAAUACUGGCCCCAAAGGCGUUUUAGAAGAUUGGAGAAGAUUCAAACAGUUAGAGGCUGAAAAUCGGGUAGAACUGGAAAAAGAACGAAUAGCUUUGGCAAAAAAACUUACCAUGCCUGUUAGAACUGAUAAAGAAGAUGAAAAGGCAAAAGAAAUAGAUGAAUUAGAAGAUGAAUUGAGUGAGCUGAUUGAUGAAGGAUUUCUAAUGAAAUACCAGCAGCAGAGAAUGCAGGAAUUGAUGUCACAGUUGCAGAAAGCUCCUAAAUUUGGUAAGGUUAUUACAUUACGAAGCCAAGAAGAGUUUUUGAAUGCUAUUGAUAAGGAGGAUCACAAAGUGACUAUUGUCAUUCAUAUAUAUAGUAAUAAUAUUGCAUGUGAGACAAUGGUUGGCUGUUUAAAUGUUCUGGCAGCAGACUACCCAAUGAUAAAGUUCUGCCAGAUUUCAGUAGACAUAACAGGCCUCAGUAGACAUUUUCGUGUAGAAGGGACACCUGCAUUGUUAGUGUAUAAAGCUGGUCAAGUUAUUGGUAACUUUGUUCAGCUUGCUACUGAACUUGGCAAUGAUUUCUUUGCAACCGAUAUUGAGCGCUAUCUUAUAGAAUUUGGGAUGUUGCCUGAAAAAUAGUUCAGAUAAUUUUUAAGGUUAGUUGUAUUUUUUAUACUGUUUACUUAAUUAAUUAAGCUUUAGCUUAUUAAUUACUAAGAGAUGUAAUUAGAUAAUGCAAAAUAUUCUUGAAAAGUUCAUGAUAAUGUGAUGUGAAAAUAAUACUGUACUGCCAUAUUUUGCUUAUUUAUAUAUUGUGUGUUGUUUGUGCAGUUGGAUGAAGAUAUUAAAAAAUGAAAUAAAUAAUUAUAUAAGACUUCUUAUAUUGUACAUUGUUUCUCAACAUUUUUAGUCUAGUAUUUAAAUACCAUAUCAUGCUGUGUGAACUUGAAUGAGAGAAACUGCUGUAUUAUUAGUUAUGUACCUACUUAAAUAGUAUUUUUAAGGAUUUAAUAAAUA